CCUGGAAGCCUGCGUCGUCUCCCUGAAGGCACCAGGGGGCCUCAGUCCCACAGCGGGACACCCAGCUCUGGGUUCGCUUUCACCCUGAACCCUCCGGCUCCAGGCAAGCUGUCCCACCCUGCCUCCUCUCCCUCCUCCUCUUCUCCUCCCGCUACUUCUUCUCCUCCCUCCUGGUCCCCACAGGCCCACCUGGCCUCCCAUUUAGCUUUCUCCCUCCAUGAGGGGCGGGGGGAGGCACCGGAGGGCCUGGAUGUGGACCCCCAGCCUCUUCAUCUUGAUUCACCUGAAGACCUAAGAGACCUGAGGAAACGAUGCCACGAUGUGUCAACUUUAACAGACCUCUGUUCAGACCUGCCAGAGUUGGAGAUAGUGAGCCUCCUGUCAGAGGGUCAGCCCAGCUACACUCUUCGGGCAGACAGCGUGUUUGGAUACGACAACGACGACUGGCUGCACACCCCUCUGCUGCCGCCGGCAGUCGUUUUGGGACUCACGCACGAGCAGAUUGAAGAGACUCUCAAGUACUUCUUGCUGUGUUCAGACAGAGUGGGCCAGGUCACCAAGACAUAUCAUGACAUCAAGGCAGUCACCCACCUGCUGGAGGAGAAAGAGCGGGAUCUCGAGUUAGCGGCGCGAAUCGGUCAAUCCCUCCUGAAGCAGAACCAAGAAAUAACCGCACGCAAUGAAAUGCUGGACGAACAGCUUGAGAUCGCAAAGGAAGAGAUCGCUCAACUACGCCAUGAGCUCUCGAUGCGAGACGACCUCCUUCAGUUCUACGCCAGCACCGAGGAGAUCGAGAACGCUGAAUCACAAUCACCAAUAAAAAGGAACGAAUCCUGCAGUUCACUCAGCAACUUCGUCCACUACGACUUCCUGCAGCAGAAGCUGAAGGGUUUAGAGGAGGACAACCGCAAACUGCGAUUAGAGGCCAGUGACCUCACAACAGAGACGACCAACUACGAGGAGCAAGAACAGGAGCUGAUGAUGGUGUGUGUGGAAGAACUCUCAUCUGUUAAUAGGCGGGUCGUCGACCUGUCUGAUGAGCUAGCGCGGAAGGUGGAGGACUCUUUCCGACAACAGGAGGAGAUCAGCUCGCUGCUCGCACAGAUUGUUGACCUGCAGGCCCGUUGCAAAGGGCUCACCCACGAGAACGAGGAGCUGAGCCAACACCUGGGUGCCUCCCGUGAGAGCCAGCUAAAUCUUCAAUCGGAGCUCAAGGACCUGCGGGACAAGUACUCUCAGUGUGAGGACAUGCUCCGCGAGGCCCGAGAGGACAUUAAGAACUUGCGUAAUAAGAGCCUCCCCAACAGCACGGUGCAGCGCUACACCGCGCUGGCCUCUGUCCUCCCCAUGGACUCACUCGCAGCCGAGAUAGAGGGCACCUUCCGCAAAGGCCUGGACACCCCGGCCCCCUCGGAGUACAAGAACCACCCGUGGCGUGUGUUUGAAACGGUGAAGGUGGUGAACAAGGCCGUGAGGCUGCGGUCUCGGUGCCACUCCCCAGGGCUGCCGGGCUCCAGCCCGGUGUCGGCUCACUCCAGUUGCAUCAGCACCCCCCGGACCAGCUACUAUGGCUCAGACAAUGCUAGCCUUACUCUGGAAGACAAGCCCAGUUUCAACAAUGCUCCGAAAGAAGACAACAGGUCCAGUGUGGAAGCAGCUAAAGCAAGCGUCACAUCUAUUCACCACAGACUCAGUGGGCCGAAGCGUCUGGGCCAGCCGGGCACACCAGGAGGCCAGGACCUCGAAGCCGCCUUGUGCAGCCUGUCAGCCCGCCAGCAGAACCACUCCUCUGAGCGGUCCUUCUUCGACGUGGAACGUGAGCGUAAACUCCACGCCUUGGCAGCAGACUGCGAAGAGGCCGAGGGCUCCAGUGGCUUCCUGACGCCAAACGACAGCCUGGUCUCCAGCCCAGCAGCGUCGACAGGCACCAACUACUCCAACGGCAGCUCACGGCCCUCCUGUGGCUCCUCAGGAGGAUCCAGGUCCUACCUGCCCGACCGCCUGCAGAUUGUCAAACCUCUGGAAGGCUCGGUGACUCUGCAUCAGUGGCAGCAGUUGGCCAAACCAAACCUGGGAGGCAUCCUGCAUCCACGUCCGGGCGUCCUGACUAAAGACUUCCGGGAGCUCGAGGUCGACAUGCAGCACGUCUACAGUCUGAACGACCUGGAGGAGGACGAACCGGACCUGUCGCAGCUCUCUGGAGCACACGGCAUGGUCUCUCCACCUGGUCCCAACCUCCCUCAGACCUCUCCCACACAUACCAUUACCACCUGCCAAGUCCUGCAACCCUCCCUUCUCAUCCCAUCCUUAUCCACUAGGCUUCGCUCUUUCGGGCUGCCAUCUUGUCGGAACUGUGAGCUCGUGAGCACUUCAUCGCCAUCCCACCAGCGGCCCUUUGGCCAAGGAGGCCGGACCGCCGCCAACACCUCAACUCUAACCACUUCAUCACUGGGACUCCUGCAGCUGCUGCAAGAGCGCGGCAUCUCAGCCUCGCCUCAUCCGCACCACCACCUGCACGACAACCAUAGUAACAAACCUUCACCCUCCACAGUAACAGACAAAUGUGGAGACUCCCCACUGGACAAAGAGGGACGAAGGUACAUUUUCAGUUUGAACUUGGUCAAGAAGCUUCAAGGUCUGGGGUUGCACAGAGUGGCAGCCUGGGGGAUGACGGGCCGCAGUGUUAAAGAGAAGCAGUCGGUCGUCCUCUGAAAGUUUGAUGAGGACUGUUCAUCACUUCCUGCUUCCAUCAUUCACCGUAGGGACUCUACAUCCAGCCGUGUGAUCCCCACUGUGCUGUUCAGGGCCCACAGCUGUGGUGUCUUGAAAACAUAAGCCACAGAAUGUGCUAGAGCCAUACUUUAAGUUGUCGGUAGUGACCAGUAAUAUUAUUUUCGAUGAAUGUGUGUGUGUGUGUGUGUGUGUGUGUGUGUGUGUGUGUGUGUGAGUGACAUCUUCAUCUCAGGAAAAUCAGCUGAUUAUCACCAGUUUCUUUGACUUCUUUUUACACAAAAAAAGAAACAUGAAGAAAAAACAUUUUUAUACCGUGUAUCGUGAUUGUCAUUUUUCACGUUUUCCCCGCCGCUGGUUUAAAAAAAAAACAACAACUCAUCAUCAGUUUCCAAAGUGGAACAUCACUUAUGUGUAAAUAACAAAGUUGUCAUUUGGGAAAAUUAAAAAGGACUACGUGCAGUAAAUUAUUGUUUAUUGAAACCACAAACUGAAGCGAUGCUGUCACACUGAACAUCUUUCAAAUGGACUAAAAUACACUCCGUCUUCCUGCUUAUUAGCUGCUACAUUGAGAUUAGCAUGUUGUAUAUAAGCUUGUCAAAUAUACUCAGUUAAACACUUGAGACGUUGAUCAAUUAGCAUUGCGAUGACGGACGAUGCGCCGACUAAAUUGGAACAUGUUGAUGAUGUUGACGUCCUGCAGCCGUCUGCCCUAAAGUGCACCACCUGCUUUCACGUAGCACAUGUUGUUAUGGCUGCUGAGUCACCUGUUGGACAUUUCUGAACUUCAUCCUGACCAAAACCUCACCAAGAUGAAAUCAGGUUUGCCGUGCUGCAUCAAAGAAGGUGAAUGGGUUUUUUAUAAGCAAUAUGUACAUUUACUGCACUGUGUUCACUGAGAAUCUUGCUGAAUUUCACGUCAUCAGGAAUUUUUAAAUAGCUGGAAGGUAAAUUAAAUCAAAAAUAGUUUCAGGCAUUCAAAGUGAGUUCUCCAUGCGGUCAAGAAUCCUUAUUUAAAGACAAGCAGACAAGUGGUCCUAAUUAUUUAAACAGCAUGUUUCUUUGAAAUCUGUCUGAACUGUCAACUGUAGCAAAAAGGCGUAUAGGAUACUGAGGAUUAAAAAGGGAAGAAAUAAACACAGCUUUUAAAAAUGUGUGUUCUGACUUAAAUCAACCAAAGCACUGUUUCUCUGCACUGCUGCUUGCUCUGUUCUGUGUUAGCAUCACAGCUGUAUAUGUCGGUGUGUGUUUGAGUUGUACCACCUGUGAAUAAAACUUCCAGCACAGUUU